AUGGCCAUGCAGGGCCUAUAUGGUCUCUGGCUGGCGCGAAAUGAGGCCCGUGAUGGGGUGCGGAUCAAGAAUCCUGCGGAUGUGGCUGCUAAGGUGUCCGGGCUCAUGGAUGAAUGGGCAGAGACGGUGACGAAGAAGACGAGGGUGGUGGCAAAACCCCCACCUGAGAAGUGGAUGCCUCCGGAGACUGACUGGGUCAAGCUGAAUGUGGAUGGCGCUGUUUCUUCGGCAUCCGGAAAUGGUGGAGGAGGUGUGGUGGCCAGAGAUCACGCUGGGGCGUUCCGUGGUGCGCUGGCGCAACCUUUCCCAAACUGCUCGAAACCGGAGCUGGUUGAGCUGAUGGCAUGUCGUCAGGCUUUAGUUUUUGGGCGCGAGCUGGGCAUCCAACGGGUUCACGCCGAAAUGGAUUGCAGGGAGGCAGUUAGCAUGGUGAACCCGGCGACAAGGAAUCUGUCGGUAGCUGGGCCCAUUGUGGAAGAUGUCAAAACGCUUAUGCGAGGCUGGGUGGGAUGCAAGAUCACGUGGAGGAGAAGAACGGCGAAUCAAGCUGCUCACACUCUUGCAAAGGUUGCUGUAGGCGAUGGCAUUUCACAAGUCUGGAGGCAUGCUCCUCCUGAUUGUAUUCUCUCUGUAAUAGCGAAUGAGCUACCUGACUCUGCUUAA